GUUUCAACGAGGCCAUCGCGUGUUAUGGACGCUUGGGGCAGUGGCAGGCACCGCUUCGUCCACUGCUUCGUGUCGGCGGUCGUGUUCGGAGGACGGACGGAUUGGACCCAGGAGUCGCUCCAACAGCUGGAAGAGAUGUCGAAGAGGGACCUGGUUCCAGAACCGCGUCACUUCAGCUCCAGCAUCACAGCUUUGGGGCUGUGCUCAGAAUGGCAACGCGCUUUGUGGCUGUGGAGAGAUGCGAAGGACAUAGCUGAUGCUGAGGGCUUUAGCAUUAUGGCCACUGCCUUGGCCUCCUCAAAGCAAUGGAUGGAAGCGCUGGAGGUUCUCGCAGACAUGAGAGAACAGGACUUGGAUCCAACAGGCCGAAUGUAUGCUGCAAUGGAGCAAGUGGUCGAACGCUUUCGUCAGAGCAGACGGAGAGCAAGGGUUUCGCCCAGUCGGAAAAGAUCGAGUUCAGACAUGCAUUGUGUAAAAAACAUCCUUCCACGACAUGGUAGGAGCAAGGACGCUACUAGGAGCAAAGGGCAUCGCUACUAGGAACAAGGGCC